AUGGUUUCCUUUGAUGUCAUGUCCCCUUUUACUUCUAUACCGCAGGACCUGGCAGUCGAGACCAUCGAACUACUCCUACGAGAGAAAUACGACGAAACGGAGAAUCGCCUCGGAUACGUCCAAAUCAUCCAACUCCUGCAGUUCUAUCUCACGGCCUACUUUGCGUUCGGCGGAACAAUCUACGAGCAGGUGAAUAGAACGCAAGUGGGUUCGCCGAUUUUGGGACUCAUAGCCGAGGCGGUCCUAAAACGGCUGGAUUCGCUGGUCCUCCGACACCCCAGACCGAAAUUCUCGGCUUUGUAUGUAAAUGAUACCUUUGUCUUCAUCGAACGAGAUCAGGUGCUGACAUUCAAAGAAGAUCUCAACGCCAUCUUCCCGGACAUCCAAUUUACGAUUGAGGAGUAA